AUGACGCAGCAGGCCGUUACCAAUGGCCAUGGACCUUCGUUCGCAGCUGCUAAGUUUCUCUGUCAUCGCAAGGAAAACUCUAGCAAGCAGGCUUUUAUGCGAAUUUAUCUUCAAAUUCCUAUCAGUGGCACUCAAUAUCAGAGCUCUCGGAUUCGACGACAGCAGGCUGCUGAGCCACAGCUGCACGUUGAGUUGAGGACAUUGAAAGCGCUCAAGGAAUUGAAAUGUGAUGUUGUCCCUGACCUCCUCGCUCACCGGGAGGGAAAGCAAGGCGAAGAUAGUAUCGUUCCGGGAGGUUAUAUGACUUAUGUUGUCUGGGAUAAAGUCCCCAGGGAGCCUCUAAGCUUUCAAGGAUUCUGGGAGCUAGAUCUUGAGUCACGCAAACCAAUCCGUGAUAAAUUCCGUGAAGCCUUUCCAAGCAUGGUUACCUACCGCGUAUGCCAACCCCAUCGAAGAUCAUCUAUGAUAAGGCUACCGGGAAUAUGGUUUUCACGCGCGGGCCGUACUGAUACAAACGAAGAGUGGCAUGAUAAGUACUACGUUAUGUUUCAUUUGGCCAAGCCAUCUCCGAGGACAGACUGGGUCAAUGCUCCCACAGGGUGGACUUCGUGA